CGGACUCGCUGUUUACAUCAAACGAACAACACGGUAUUAAAACACUGCGGAUUAUACCAAAUUAUAUCAAUACUGAAUCGCGGGAUAGACAUUAAUAUUUUAAUCAAAAACCAAAACUGUGACGGUGUUUUUAUUGAGUUGACUGUGUUUUAUAUUUGAGCAUAGGAUCGGUAAAGCCCCGUGAAUUUAGAUUGUUCUGAGUGUAGCGCGGGAUGGUAUUGGUUUUACUAAAAUGUUUAUUUUUUGUUUUUUUUUUUAUCCUGCGUACAAAAUGUCUACCGGAAAUCUUGCUCAGAUAUACGCGCGGGGCGUCAUUUCUGGACGGAAAUAAUGUUCACACGGUGCUUUUGGGAGGUCUAUUUUUGAUUUUCCAACUGGGUGUUUGAACGUCCGAUAGCGCAUCGAUUGCGUUCUACAAAAUCGAAAUAACAAUGUUUUCGAUUAUUUUGCACGCGACAAAAAAAAAAAAUGUAUAUAUCAUUAAUGCUACAUUCGGAACUGAUAAAACGGAAACAUUGUGAUUCGAUGUUCAACGCGUUCGCGUUACACGACACGUCGAACGUUACAAACUUUUGUAUGCGAAAACCGGUCGUAUCGCCAAGACCCGAUUCUAUUAAAUUCAUGAUAAUAAUAAAUACUAAACAACCGUAACGUGCGCCCAACGUUUCGAAAAUGUUCAUCCAAAAAUGUAGGCCCGACAACCGUGUGAUCGUAACACUUUGGCCGGAAAACAAAAAAAAAAAAAAAUCAUAAUCAGCGCGCCCGGAACUCGUCUAACCUCAACCGACCGUCACCCUGUUCACCGAUCGGCCGCUAUUUAAUAUUACCGUAUUGAAAAUAACGGCGGAACACAAAAAUAACGUAGUCGGCGCAACAACACGAGCGGCCAGUCGAUUAAAUCCGCCGAAACCCUACCGUCUACCUGUAGACCCGUGCGAUAACCUUGCGUUCAAAAUCCGUGUACGGAACGUCAUCAAAACGGCCUUCGGACCUAAUAACCGUGGCUAACCGCGAUUAGUUCGUUUCCGGACGGUCUCCGCACGAAUAACCAUUUGCGCGCACGCGACUUCAGUGCAUCGCGGGCCUUAUGAAAGCGUAUAUAACACGACACGCGCGUGUUGUUUCGAGAGUAUUUAAGCGUCUUUUUUCAAAUUUUUUUUUCCCCGACAUUAGGAAAUCGGCCGUCCAAAGACUUCAUGUAGAGUACCGUCCGAAUCGUUUUCAUUCGCAACGGAAACAACGCGCGGCGGCCGGGAACCGAUGGCGGUGACGACGGACUGGUCGAUGGACCGGGCGGUCGCGGAAAUGAUCGACGCCGGUGCGUUCGGCUCGGGUUCCGAAUUCGUGGCUCUGGAACCGGACAGCCAGCGUACCGGACAGGACCAGUACGCGUCCACGGUGUAUUUCGGGACGGCGAUCGUCCGGGACCGCGACCGCGACCGGCACAGCCAUCAGCUGGUGUUCAAGCUCAAGCACCGGGAUCCCGGGCUCCGGGAUUUGUACUGCGCCGACUGGCAGUUUCACAACGAGAUACUGUUUUACGAGCGGAUAUCGCCGUUCUUCGAGGGCUACGCGCCGACGGCGGACCACGUGCCGCCGCUGGCCCGUUACUAUUACGGGCGCAACGAUUGCGGCGACCGCGUGCUCGGCGACAUGGUCGUCUUGGAAAACGCGGGUACCCGGGGAUACCGACUGUCCGAACAGCGGUUGUACUUGGACCGUGACCACAUAGUCGUGGCGCUGAGGACGCUGGCCAAGUGAGUCGCUAUUCGCGUCAAUGAUCCGAAAAUUACACGCGUAAAUUUGCAAAUUUCCCCUAUGCGUAAAUACACGUAAUAGAGAAAAAUGUAUAAAACCAGAUUCGUUCGAUUUAUGACGUCGAAAAUAAUUUGUACAUUUUUUUUUUUUUUUUUUUUUGUCUUUUUUCGGUGGCCUUUUGAUAUUCGAAUGGGAACGUAUGUUAAACAUUUCGUAAAUAGUUGCAGUAUUAUCUUAAAUAAAUUUUCGUGCUGAAAUUUUUACAGUAGAGCAGUGGAACACGAUGCACUCGUGCGUUGGCACGGCACGGCCGUCUAAAUAGAUCAAAAGACAAUCGAAAAAAUAUGUAUGAAUUAUUUGAAAAUGUGUAUAAAUUGAAAAACGUUUAUAUCGCGCGUUUUUCUGUACGUUGUGUGUUUUAAAACAGAAAACCGCCGUAGUAUAAAAUUCCGAUUACAUACUAUUGCAUACCACGUACACCGUAUAUGGAUUUAUUGAUAGAUUGAUUACAUCAUAAUAAACGGAAUUAUAGGAAAUAAUAAGUCGUUAUCUGAAGUCUUAAUCAGUAAUCAUUUAGCAUGUGCAUUUUUCGCCCGCGUGAUAUCUCGGGAAUUACGUUGAAAUUUGAAAGCGACUGUCGCCACUAUCGAAAAUAGUAAAUAUUCGUAAAUAUUAAUUGUUCGUUAAUUAUUUACGGUAUUGUACAUAAUUUACCAUCUAUACAGCCGCCGGUGGGGCUGUGUCUAGGUUAUUGGGAGUAAUGAGUACCAUUAUAAACUACAGUUUUGCUACUCCGCACACGCUUUUUGUAGACCAGUGUUGACGUAUUAUAUUAUUAUAUGUUAAAACGGACAGGGCUAAUGGUCACUGCUAUGAAUUGCGCAUGAAUAUAGCCACAUAUGAUCUACUCAGUUAUGUGCUUUAGCCAAUAGGCGUACACGUGCUGUUGUCCGUGUAACAUUUUAAAAUUUAUCACUUUAGGAUUUCGCUCUUGAUUUACAUAAAUUUACAUAAAUCUACAUAAAUUCUUAGCGCAUUACAGCUCGGAAAACAGGCCAAAACGGCUCUAAUAUACGCACACUGUUUUCUGGAACGAACAUUUUAUUUGUCUAAUCAAUUACCACGGUAAUUAUGUUUCGUACACCAAAUUGUUCGGGCGUUUCAAUGCAAUGUAAUAAGGAAAAUACUGUAAAAUUCAGUGUACACUUUCGCGGGUAUACACGUAUACAAUGUAUUCGGCAAGUAGGUAGUAACGAAUUAAUAAUAUAAAUUGUCAGUGCUACACCCGAAAAUUUUUUUCCCGUUUACGGUGCUGUUACGCUAAUAAUAUAGUCGGCACAAAAGUGAUUUGUUUUGAAUUAAGUAUGCACUCGUACGAGAAUGUUUACAAAUAAAAUACAUAAGUAAUAAGUUAUUUGUUCUCGUUAUUUAUUUUAUGCACUGACCGGAUUUUUAUCUGUCUAACGUGGCGGUACCGAACGUUUUAUAUCGCAAUGUUACCGGGUGAACAGCCCUUAACGGUUAACUAUCGUCGGGUACUGCCGGGUCUCAUAUCGCCGGUAAAUCGCCGGUAACGUCUAAUCGUACGUUUUGUAUGCAGACACGCGACUAGACGUUUCUAUAAAAAUUAAAUAAAAAGUACCGAUGUAACUCAAGUCCGAAGCGUUAACGGUGUAAACUAAUUUCGUAUUGUGCGUGCGUUCGCAGGUUUCACGGGCUGUCGUACAGGGCCAAUCACGAGAAUCCGGUGAAAUUCGCCGAGAUGAUUGCCGACGUCAAAGAAACUCAGUUGCGCGGGGACGAUGACGAUUGGAUGUUGCCGGGUUUCAGUUACAUUGCCAGUAGACUGUUAUCGGUGGCCCUGGAUAGGGUGACGGAACGUCGCGUUGCCGGCGGCGACGACGACGACGACGUCAACCGAAUACGCCGUUUUCGGACGAAAUUCUUGGACGAAAUAACGCGGACACUGCGCCGGUUGCUGAGACCGGUCGAACAGUCACUAGCGACCCUGUGCCACGGCGACUUCAACCGGAAUAACUUGCUGUUCCGGUAUGACGACGACGGUCGGCCCGUCGACGCGCUGCCGUUCGACUUGGCCACCGUGCGGUACGGGUCGCCGGCGCUCGACCUGUCGUUCUUCCUCUACAUGAACACGGACCGCCGUAUCCGGGACGAGCGCUGGGACGAACUGCUGGACACGUAUUGCGCGUCUCUGGCUGCGGCCGUAUCGGACGUAGCCGACGUCGUCCGGGUGCCGGACCGGCCGCAGCUGGACGCCGAGAUGCGCGAGUACGGCGUCUACGGGUUGGUUCACGUGUCGUAUUUCGUGCGGGUCAUGAUGGCGGAGAACCUCGUGGUAGAUCCCUCGUCGUUCGUCGAGUCGGAUAUCGAUACGUCAUUCGAAAUACUGAUGUCGUACGGUGGCGACAAGGCGACCGAUCUGGUCGCCGACGCUGUCCAACACUAUCUGGACACUUACGGUAGCUGUACCGAAUGAUUCGUUUGUAUUUAAUUUAUACGGACACGUUGUUAAGUUUUAUGGAGAUCGAUGAACAGAACAAUUGAAGGACUCACUGCAACAACAAGACGAUUACAAUAUAACUGUUCGGUAGUUUUAAGCGACGAAACAAUACAUAAAUAACGAAUCGUUAGUGUUGUAGAAAUAAUGCGAAUUCGUCUAAUAGAUACGGAAAAAAAUAGUGAUAAGGACAAAUGAUAAGUCCCACGGAUAGAUGAUUUUGUUUUGUUUUUGUUUUUCCGGACUCGUUUUGUUGUCGCACUGAACCCUUCAAUUUGUGAGAUGUAAAUGUUUACACAUUAUAAUUAGCAUAUUUGUUUGUAUUUAAACUGGUUUCUAAACGAACUUAAUUUAAGCAUAUUGGCGAUCGUUCCGAGGUCCCGUUUUUUAAUUUGGAGGGUAUUUAAUCUUCAAUCUCUUUUCACUGUCACGGUAUUAAAUUGUAUCAUUUUAGUUACGGGCGUAUUAAUAUAAUCACAUACGAUUUACGAUUAAAUGAAAAUGCGAUUAUUUUAAUAAACAGCUAGUUUACAACCUUUGUGUCAGUGCCUAUUACAUCUUUCUUGUUUACUUUUGGUUUUAAUGUCAAAUAAAGUGAUUAUUAUUAUUAGUAUCUGUAUAUAUUAUCGGAAUGGUUAGAAAUGUGUAAUUUUUAUUAGGUGUUCUAUUUAUUGCAAUAUGUUUAAAAAUUGCAAUAAAUUCACGUAAAUAAUAUAAAUUCUUCUUUCAGAUCCUUUGUAUUUGAAUAAUAACGAAGCCCGAUAGAAAUGCAUAGAACUUAUAAUAUAUUGUUAACACCUAUUAGGGAUAAGAAAAAAAAAAUCUCGUGUAAAUUCAGUUAUGUAUAACAAAUAAACACUCUUUUAUCUCUAAAUACUUAUUAUAGUUUUAACGUUAGGUAUUAGAAGGUGAUACGAAUAUAAUAAACCAUAUUUAUAAAAUACAGAAGUUAUAAAAGAAGUCUUCUAGUCUAGACGGGUUUUUUUUUUUUAAUGUACUCUAAAGGUACUUUACAGUGUACUUAAACAAGAUAACGUUAUUGUUAAAUUAAACUCGUGGCAUUCGUGCAUUUUUAAUUAUGAAACAAGAUAUAAAUAUAAUAUUGAUUGUAAUUACACACUUUAUGGCAGUAUAGUUAGACGAUGUUAUUUUACUUUUUGUAAUAGUUUUAGUUUAUUAUAGUAUUGUCUUGUAACAUUGACACGUCCGAAGAUUGAAGGUAUCCAUUCUUGGCAAAAUAAAUAGUCCAAUAUCUUGUGCUGCAUGACGGUUUUAAAGUGAUUUACGAUAACAUAUUUGGUCAGAAAUAUUCUGGCUUUAGACUUUUGUGUUAUUAAAAAAAAAAAAAAG